AUGCUGUUUUACCCUCUAGGAGGUUUCAGCCAAGAAGAACUUCUAAAAAUAUGGAAAGGGCUCUUCUACUGCAUGUGGGUGCAGGAUGAACCCCUUCUCCAGGAGGAGCUAGCGAACACUAUAUCCCAACUCAUCCAUGUUGUUAACAACUCAGAGGCUCAGCACCUGUUCAUCCAGACCUUCUGGCAAACCGUGAACCGGGAGUGGCCAGACAUCGACGGGCUGCGUCUGGACAAGUACCACAUGCUGAUCCGUCUGGUCCUGAGGCAGUCCUUUGAAGUUCUGAAGCGAAACGGCUGGGAAGAAAGCCGAAUCAAGCUUUUCCUGGACGUCUUGAUGAAGGAGAUCCUACAUCCUGAGAGUCAGUCUCCAAACGGAGUGAAAUUCCACUUCAUUGAUAUUUAUCUGGAUGAACUGUCCAAGGUGGGAGGGAAAGAGCUGCUGGCCGAUCAGAACCUCAAGUUUAUUGACCCAUUCUGCAAGGUGGCCGCCAAGACUAAGGACCAGACUCUGGUACAGACUAUAGCUAGGGGUGUUUUUGAAGUCAUUGUAGAUCAGUCUCCUUUUGCACCUGAAGAGACGGUCGAGGAACAGAAAACCAAAGUGGGCGACAGUGACCUCUCUGAGGAAGGGACGUCUGGAAGUGAGACGACGUGGAGAACAGCCAUCAGUAGAAAGAAAACAGCACUGGGCAGACAUCACUGCAGAAAAGAGGGAGUCGCUGAGGAAGGCAGACGGGGCGGCGGCGGAGGCGUGGAGGACGCCGGGCUGCUUCUCCAGUUUGACUACAAGGCAGUUGCUGACCGACUCCUGGAAAUAACCAACAGGAAAAACAUCCCUCCCUUCAACAGGAAGCGUCUCUCCAAGCUGAUUAAACAAUUCCAAGAUCUUUCUGAAGCAGGCAGUAUCUCUCACCUCAGUUUUGCUGAGGACACUUCUGGUGAUGAAGAUGACCAAACCCUCAGUCAAGAGAAGCAUAAGAAGAAAGGGAACAAACUUCUGGAGAAAACGGACGUGGAAAGAGGGAAAGGAGCCAAGUUCUCUCCUGCCGAGGAAGAGGAGAGCGCAGGCCGCGUUCCAAAGAGAAAAAGGAAAAACAGGAAGAGCCACCUCCGGCCUGAGCACUUGGGGCCGGGUGGUGAGGCCACGUGCCCGGAGCAGGACGGCAGCCGGCAGCCAGAGGCCGGUCCCGGAAGAGCCCAGGAGGCGAGUGCGGCUGAGCUGGGGACGGUGGCCGCGCCCUGCCCCCGGGAGCAGAGCGGCCCGGAGCCCGCCUCCGUGCACAGCAGGAGGCGACGACUGAGGCAGAGGAGCCUGAGGGUCCAGGUGGAGAGCCCAGGGGGAGCGGCCCCGGCUGGCGGCGCCCCGGGCCUGAAGAGGACGCGCGAGCGCGGCGCCCUCCUGGUGAACGGCAGCGGCCCGCCCACCAUGGCCCGGCCCCUGCCCCCUCCGGCGAGCCCCGCAGGCAGAGGGGACUGCCCGGCCACCCUGCCCCAGGGCGGGAAGCUGAAGAAAAGGAGGAGGGAGUCCAGCGGCCUUGACCUCCACGACCUGUCUGCUCAGAAAGCUGCCGUUUUGAAAAAGAGGAAGAAAGUGAAAGAGAUGUCAAAGUGGGCGGAGCACAGAGGGGUCAAGCUCGUGCAGGCCCUGGGGAGUGGUGGGGCGCUCAGCCCUUUGAAGCAGCAGCUGAGGACCCAGAAGGACUUCGUGAAGUUUGACGCCUCCUCCUCCCCGAAGCCCCUGUUCUUCAGGAAGGCCAAGGGCAGCGGGGCCGCCACCUCGCCAGGCCCCGGGCUGCAGCCACACAGGACGCCGUCCAGCUCCAAGAAGGUGACCUUCGGGCUGAACAGGAACACAACGGCGGAAUUCAAGAAGACGGACAAGAGCAUCUUGGUCAGUCCCACGGGCCCCUCCCGGGUGGCCUUCAACCCUGAGCAGAGACCCCUCCACGGAGUGCUGAAGACCCCCAGCAGCUCGCCGGCCAGCACGCCCCUGGGAACCAAGAAGUCGCUGACCAGCACGCCAAAGAGGAGGCCGACGGCUAUAGACUUCUUCUAG